UUCAAGUGUUUGCGAACGGUCGAAAAACAGAAAGCCAGCUCAUUGAGUUCUCGCACUUGCGAUUGGAAAACAGGAGAAACACUUGAAAAAUUUGGCUUACAAAGAAGUUGUGACAAUUGGUAUUAAYAUUCAACGGCUGGAAAAAGUCUGUGUCGACGCCGUAGAGGAUGAAAAUGCGAGACUACCGUCAUAACAACAAAGGCUGCUGCAAGUUUCCAACAGUGAUUUAUUAUUGCUCAUAAUUUUGGUCAAAUUAUCCUAAUUCAAGUUAAAAGUUACUUGUGGAUAAUGGCAGAUUCGGCAACAACACUAAUGCGUUCUAUAGACUACUUUACCAAGACUAGGAUGCGCCAGCCUAACAAGAAUUCUAAAGUUUAUGAGCUCAGCAUAAGCAGAGCUCCUGAGCUACGAUGUGUGAACAGCUCCGUGAAGUCAUGUAUGGCUUGCGAAGCUUGCAGACUUGUUGUCAUCCUAAAUCAAGCCAAACAGUGGUUUGUACGGUGUGGUGAUCCUGCCAAAAGGCGAUUUAUUAUAGGACUUAUUCGUCGCAUUGAUUCAAUGGACUUGUUUUCGUAUAUGAGCUUUCUACUUCAACCUUUACAAAACAAAGAUUUCACAUACACGAGGUCACGAAGUCGUCCUAGCCUUCAGUCAGAUASUUCUUCGCCUCCAACGAAUCAUGCUUUAGAUGAAGAACUUCUYGAUAAGGCUAUCGAAGAUACAUGGCAGUGSUUUUCAGAAAGCACUUAUUGGACUAAAUUGAAUUUCUUGUUGGGYAUAAUGCAGCAUUGUGAUUCKCAAUUGUUGUUUAUAAUGUCGUACACAAUCAAGACAAUGGCACAACGAGAAAGAAGAAAAUUAAAAGCCGUUGACGAAGGAAUACUGGAAGAAGAUGAAAAUGAAUACAUGUCCUUAUGCAGCGAAAUGACAAAAAGUGACAUAUCAGAAAUAGACAACAAUUCCGAAAUGGAACAUACAUCACAUACCCCAUCAAUUACAAGCUCAGCAAWAUCACAAUCUCCUGGUACCAUUAAAAAACAUUCGGCAGAUGACACCUCGAAAACUGACUCAAUACRGGACCCAUCUCAAACUUGGUCUGCAUUCAGGGGAUCCCCUGCAAGYGCCACGCAAUCUGUUCCAUGUAUAACUCCGUCUACCAUCUGCAGUAAAAAGUCAAGGGCAGUUCAUUCUGCUCCACCACAGCAAAGAAUCCAGUCCUCCAGGAGCUCGGCAAUAACCUUUGACAAGGAUAUGUUCAGUGAUGAUUAUAUCUCGGGAGAAGAUGACGAGGAUAUUGAUGACAAUUUGACARUUGACCCUUCGGCUUGCGUUGUUGCCUCACCUUCUUUGUURUACAGCGGAAUUGCAAAGUAUAAGGACUUUAUUCGWUGUUUACCUGUGCAUCUAUCAAAAUAUAUCCUUAAAUUACUGGAUGUCAAUAGUCUUACAAACUGUUUAUGUAUUACAAGACACUGGAGGAUACUUGCCGAGGAAGUCAAGGCUGAUUAUAUGGUUCAUCAGUUGAUGGCGGAAGAGAUUAUGUUGAUGCAGGGUGCAUCUGCGCAAGGUAUGAACCCACGUUAUGCCAAACUAAUGCCAAUACAUGUCCCUCGACUGGAGGAUAAAACUGAUGAAAGAAGCUUCGCAAUAAAAGUCAAACACACCAAGGGCAGGGACCUUAGGGAGUGUUAUGAGUGCUGGGAUAUCAAGCGUGGAAACUGCAAAUGUAUCUUCCGUGGACACCGUGCAACAGUGAUGUGUAUCAGUCUCCAUGGCAACAAUCUAGCUUCCGGGUCACGUGACAAGAGCGUCAAAGUAUGGAACUUUACCACUGGAAAAUGUCGACGAACAUUUCGUCAUCGCCAUGUUGUACUUGAUGUCAAGGUGUCCAAAAAUACUGUAGUWAGUGGAUGUGAGGGUGGGAAAGUCAAAGUCUGGGACAUCGAGUCUGCAUCACUGUUUAAGACACUCGAUGGUCACCACCGUGCUAUAACAUGCUUAAAGUUCGACUCCUACCAUAUCAUUACUGGAAGUAUGGAUGGMUAUGCCAUGGCAUGGAGUGCAGUUGGACAACACAAGAAAUGUCUACAGGCCUUCAGACAUCCAAAGGAAGUUCUUUGCCUAGAGUUCCUCUAYUGCCGUGUAAUAACCGGGUCUGCCGACGGAAAGCUACGAAUUUGGAAUCUCUUGAACGGCGAUUGCCUUCGACUGAUACGAGGAAACAGCAGGAAUGACGCCAUAAAYGCAAUAUGUGCCGCUGAUAAUAGACUUGUCAUCAACACCCUGAGUAACCUUUUGAUUUUCAACUUUGAGACUAUUGUAUGGGACUAUACUCUUCCACCCGARCGACCUGAAGGAUUAGGGACAAUCMACUUGUACGGAAAACAUGGRCCUCARAAACAGCCCCGUCAUUACGUGCGCGCUCAAAGACUUCACCGUGCUGACACCAAAGACAGUCUUCCCUCCAGACCUCCUUCGCGCACUACCUUCUUCUACGAUGGAAGCCCCGYGAAGACUGGYAAGAGAAUCACAAGUGCGCCUGCGCGUGCCCAUAGAGACAGCACAGUCAACAGCAUUCAAAACCAUGUGACUAGGAUUUUGAGUUCAAGAAGAAAAGAAGGCACGCGRCCUCAGUCCUCCCCUGCCAAAGUGUCAACGAGUAAGACUAAGRACGAGCGUGACGUAAAUCCWUUCUCUGAGAAUGAUAACAUCACGGAYAUGAUUCAUUUUACGCACGUGAUGCAGACUUAUCCGAAGCCUCCUCCGCUACCCGAUAACCGCGCACCAAGUGUACUAUCACGUGGUCGAUCAGCACCGGUAUUCAGAACUAAAACCCUUCCUCCURAUAAAAGAGGCUGGACAACCUCGGCUGAGGAAGCCAUUACACCUUGUGCAAACAAGAUCAUGUUAACUCCAUCGCAAGCAAAGAUGAAAAUAAAACAGCGGCCGAAAAGCGCACACGUCGACUCCAAAGUAUCAAUCUCGAAGAACCCCUUACAAAGUCUGUCUUGCCUAAACCUCAAAACCUACACAAAUCAAUUAAUAUUCGAGGAAGAGUUAAAGAAAACGUCCACCGAGUCCAACAUUGUCGGAUCAGAGAGAAUCCACCGAAGGGCAGUUUCCGYUGAUCAAGCUCAUCAUCGUCGACCUAAUUCCUGCAUAUGAUUGGUGGAGUGAUACCACGUGACGAGCGAUAUCUGAGCUGAACACCGAAUAUUAACGUGGGAUCUCUAGCACUUCCUACAGCGGCUUUAGUGGUGUUUUCACACYCUCGUGUAUUCAAAUCUAAAAGCCAGUCGGUGUAAUAUAAAAAAAUGAAUAUAUUUUUGUGAAAAAUGGACACACAUCAGAUUUAUAAUCGAAAAUUAUUUUUUUACUGUCAAAAUUUUUAUUUUUGAUACGAAAUAAAAACAAAUUUUAACUUA